AUGCACCGAACCAGCAUUGUGGAAGAGCUGGAACGUCACCAGCAGGACCAAAAGGCGGAUCAGGAGCCUGGCUCUGUGUCCGAUGCGAGCAAUUCCGCUCUGCAGGAGUCCUCCGAUCCUCGGCUCUCCACCACAGACAACACAAAUACUCCCGAAAUCAACGUCAACGAUCAGCAACAGGAACAGCAGGUUGCUUCUGGAGAAGACACCGACCCUCCCAGCCCACGCAUGAAGACCAUCGUCAAGCCGCCGCCCAUUAAGGUGGUGCCCCCGCUCAACUUUGGGCCAGUGGAGCGAAACCUGUACCGGUCUGGACAGCCCGAGCCCAUCUCUUUCCCAUUCCUUGAGAAGCUACGUCUCAGAACGAUUCUGUGGCUGGCCGUCGAGGACCCCAGCGACAACUUUCUGGCAUUCGCAGACGACCACGAGAUUGUCGUGCACCACCUGGGACUGGUCACCGAAGGAACCAACCCUUGGGAUCAGCUAACGGAGUCGUCCAUCGUGGCAGCCCUGCAAAUCAUCAUGGACAGAGACUCGUAUCCUUUGCUGGUGUGCUGUGGAAUGGGCCGCCAUCGUACAGGAACAAUCGUGGGCUGUCUGCGACGACUGCAGGGAUGGAACUUGGCCAGUGUCAGUGAAGAAUACCGACGAUACGCGGGAUCUCGAGGAGGUCGAGCUCUCAUCGAGCUACACAUUGAGGCGUUUGACACGUCGCGGAUCAUUGUGUAUCCAGAAAGCGCUCCCGAGUGGUGUUCUUCGUAG